AUGGCAGGCGCUGUGUUUUGGCUUGCUUUGUGGGUGGCCACAGGAGUAUCUGUCGUUCAGUCAACAUUCGUUACACCUAACUUACCACUGUCGUUUCUCUUCUCUUGGGGCGAUCCAACCGCGCCAUUUCCUGUGACCGUAACAGAACAAUGCGAGACCCUUCAUAUCACAUGGUCUCGAAGCUCUGCGACUGGGCCUAACCCAAGCGCUCCAUAUUUUCUUCAUGUAUACACAUCAAACUUUAUCCAACCUUUUAUCAUUCCAGCCGGAAGUCAACUUAGCUUCGACUGGACGGUUCCAUUUGCUCCAGGAACUAUAUUUGAUAAUUUCGGAAACACUGGCGGCUGCCAGGACAGGUACACCGUCAUCGCCCCGAGUUCACCACCUACAUGCACAAACGUGACUUUUUCCCCACAACUAGAGGUCUCUGCGUUAGUGAGCAACGGGAACUUAUCCCAAUACGGGUUCAUAGACCAGUGUACAGAUAUAUCUGUGACCCCGACCUCGGGGAGUCCCCCAUUCACCUUAACAGUUGCGCCGGCUCUCCACCCUCCUUAUAACAUCACGUCACAGAACAUGCAGCCCAUCAAUUGGACUGUCAGCCUUAGCUGGGCAUCUCCGUUCUUCAUCAGUUUGGCGGAUUCAAAGGGAGCGCUAUGGUCGAACGGGCCUCUUCAUGCAGGGAGCGGCGUGUCUAGUGCAUGCCUUGCCGGCAAUGUGACUGUUAGUCAUAAUGUUAAAGUUCCGGUUGCUGUAGGGGCAAGUUUUGCCACAUUGUUCUUGGGGGCUUUUCUAGCGGCAGUCGGAUUGUACGUUUUGUCUCGACGGCGUUCCAAGGCCAAUGAACAGGUGGCUUCACCUGUCUUAUCGCGCUGGGCAGAGGGAAACUCGGAGCUUGGGCAGAGCCCCGCAGAUCAACAGGUGUACCCAUUUAGGCUCUCUCAAGCUGGAUAUCAAGGAUCCCGAAAUGAGGCAACUUUGAGAACGAAAAUUCAGAUUCCUCAACCGAGUUGGCUCCGCAAUCGGAGGACUCUGUUUGAACGGCCCCCUAGCUACCCUCAGGAAUACUCCCCAUCCGAUAGCGAUCUUCUCAGCAGGACAGCUGGUGGGGGUACAUUCCCUGGAACCCUCACCUCAAUCACCUCCCCUGGUACAAUCACGUCGCCUGGCACACUCACGUCGCCUGGUACACUCACAUCGUCUGGCGUACUGACAUCGCUUGGUGCACGCACGUCGCCUGGCACAGUCGAAUCACCUGGCGCGAGUACAUCACCCAGCCAUUUAUCAGCUGUGUCGAGAAACGCGAAUAGUGAAAAAUCAUCCUUGUUUUUGGAUGGAGAAGACCGACAUUAUGAUCCUCUUGGCCCUUUGAGGAUGACCCGAUCAAAACGUAGUCCAACCAUAAGUCGAGGAUUUUCUGAAUAA